CUUAGCAACGCGUCCCGGCGCCGUGUCUCCAAGGGUCGGUUGGCGCGGUGAUGGCGGACGAAGAGGGUACCGGGGCGCCGAAGAAAAUCCGGAGCAAGUGGAUCUUCCUCAACCACCUGGACUCGUUCGUUGGCCGUUACGUGGGGAAAUACUUAUCAAACUCUGUGGUUGGAUCAUCCCUGGAGGAACUGAAUGAUGAUGAAGAGCAAAAUGAGGAAGAGACAGAGUCUGCCAAAAGUGUUCCACCACCCCAAGGAACAUAUCGAGUAGUGGGAACAUUGAGCAAUCCUGAAGACAAGAAGCCUGAUUUUGCGUUUGAAACCUUCUCUUUUGAAACACGCGAUGAACUGUUCAACUAUCUCCUGGACUGUGAUAUCAUCAUCUAUAAUAUCACGGAAGCUGCUCAGCAAAUUGAUGAAGCCUCAUGGGUUGUUUCAGCACUACAUUCAGAUUUAGAAAAUUUUGAGAGUCCGAAAAUAUUUAUUCUGUUGUCGACAAUAAUGACGUGGGCCCAAACUAAACCUGUUGAUCCUGAGGACCCGGAAGCCGCAUUCACAGAGGACGAUUAUCGCAAAAGAAAAUGUCAUCCAAACUUUAAGGAUCACCUCAGCCUUGAGAAACUAGUCAUCAAAUUUGGGAAGACAAAAAAGCGGAAGUUUUCUACCUAUGUUGUUGCUUCUGGAGUCAUUUAUGGAAUGGAUGAAAGUGUGUUUCAUCUGUUCUUCAAGGAAGCCUGGCAUGGGCUGAAUCCAACAAUACCAUGCUUUGGAGAUGGAAAAAAUGUUGUUCCAACCAUUCAUGUGAAUGACUUAGCUGGAAUUUUACAAAAUAUAAUGGAACAUAAACCAAAAACGUACUACAUACUUGCGUUGGAUGAGUCAAAGCACACAUUGAAAGAGUUGGUUAAGGCCAUCAGUAAACUUGGACCAGGCAAGAUCCAGCAUGUCCCACAAGAAGAUGCCCUGCUGUAUAGUGAAUUGACACAAUCAGACUAUGAUCACCUGCUGGUGAACCUGACAAUGGAGGCUUUCUUCAUCAAGGAAAACUUCAAUAUCCGCUGGGUUGCUGAAGCUGGCAUUGUAGAAAACAUCCAGAACCUUUUCCAAGAAUUCAAGCAAUCUCGUGGACUCGUGCCAUUAAAAAUUGCCAUUUUUGGACCACCAGCUGUGGGGAAAAGCUCAGUGGCGGAGAAGUUGGCCAAGCACUACAAGCUGCACCACAUCAAAAUAAAAGAUGUCAUUACAGAGGCUAUAGCAGAUCUGGAAUUAAGGAGCUCACAGCCUGAAGCUGAGGCAGCUGAAGAAAGUGAGGAAGAAGAAGCUGCAGGAGCUGAUGGUGAAGAUCCCCAGGAACUCCUCGACCAAGUCAGAGAAAAUAUGGAGCAGUCUGGUGGUCGCUUGGAUGACACCUAUGUCACCAGGUUUAUGAAGAAGAAACUGUUAUCUAUGCCUUGUCAGAACCAGGGUUUUAUUCUUGAUGGAUUUCCCAAGACCUAUUUACAAACAAAGAUCAUCUUUGCUGCUCAAGAGGAGGAGGAGGAAGAAGAAAGUGGCAUGAACAAGGUACCACAGUAUGACAAAGCAAUUACUCCAGAAUACAUCUUUGCUUUGGAAGCUCCUGAUGAGUUCCUGAAGCAACGUGUCUUAAAUCUGCCAGAGAGUGAUGUUGUUGGGACUCACUAUACACAAGAAAGGUUCUUGCGUUAUCUGGCCCAUUAUAGGGAACAGAACGCGGAAGAUGAAACUCUUCUGAACUACUUUGAUGAGAUUGAGAUUCAUCCAGUUCAUAUAGAUGUUUCACAAGACAAUGAUGCUGAAAACACCCCUGUGGUCCAAGAUAUUAUUCAAGUUGUGGGAAAGCCCAAAAACUAUGGACCCACACCUGAAGAACUGAAAGAACUGCAGCGCAAAGAAGCAGAUGAGCGUCUAGCUAAAGAAGCUGCAGAACAAGCCGAGAAGGAACGCAAGGAGGCAGAGGAAGCUGCAGAAAAAUUAGCACGGUGGGAGGAGUGGAAUAAGCGACUGGAAGAGGUAAAGAAACAAGAACAGGAAUUUCUUGAAGCACAUUCCAUCCCACUGCGAAAUUAUUUAAUGCAGAAUGUUAUGCCUACCCUGACCCAGGGUCUGAUUGAGUGCUGCAAAAUCAGACCUGAAGACCCAGUGGACUUUUUGGCUGAGUACUUGUUCAAGAACAAUCCACAAAUUGAAUGAAGAAAGACAUCAAGCAAACAUGAAGAUAAGCUUUGAUGGAAUACAAUUGAUAGAGUUAAUUCACUUAACACAAUUGUUGGAACAAUGUUUCUUUAUCAAUUGUACUUUAGUAAAAUCAAUUGUAGUAGAAAUACUAUCUGCGAUAUUAAAUCCUUCUAAUAUAUUCAAAUAUGGAGAACUCAUCUAUUUGUAUUUCUACAAUGCAAUGUCCUUUUGCUAUUUAGGAAAAAAUCUAAAAAGUACACCAUUUGUUCGUUAGACUUUGAUUCAUGUGAA